UUCCAAUCUUCCCCCAGCUCACAACUUCCCGGCCCUCGGGUUCCAAAUCCACCUCCUCCCAACCAGACCUCAACACAUCCAACACAGGGACAACAAUGGAAACUUCCACAACUUCCCAACCAGGCCAGUCAGAAGAGCCUCCCUACCGCUCGUACGAAGAGCUUGAACGCUUGCCGGGCGGUGCCCGCCUCUCUCGAGAAAUCGAUCGACUGUUUUGGGAGUUCAAAGGCGCCUUUCCCUCGGCAAUUUCCGUCAUGGCCAACCGCCGCGGUGCCAAAGGACACCUGGAACCGUUCUUCCAACCGGCAGAUGCAGCCGACGACCAGAACCCCGAAAAUAACGACCCCGAAAACACCACCACCAGCACCAGCACCACCACCAGCACCGGCACAUACCACCCCAUCGCCCUCCUCCCCAUGACCGAACCACCGGCGUCCUCUAUCUCCGUAUCCUGCACGGACCUCGACACAUGGGAAUCCAACUGGGUGGAGUGGCACGAAUGGCACAGCGAGGAAAAGGGCGAGUUUGUGACCUACGGCGAUCUGGACGACGACGUCCGGCCGUGGGCAAAGGAACAGAAUGAGGAGGAUCCUGAAAACUGGGAGGAGGAUUCCGACACGGAGUUUCUGAUUAAGUGCUGCGGGGAGGAUAGGCCGCUGCGCACGGCGGGAAGGAGGUUGAAGGUCACGCCAAGGGGUGGAGAGGGGUUUGUUACGGUUGGGGAUUAUGUUUGUGCUGUUCAUACUUGGCUUAUGAGCAUGCGCGAUGAGGUUUUGAAAGCUAGGGGCGUCAGACAGUAUGAUCGAUGCGACGCAUCGGCAUUCGAAUGGAUGGUGACUUUUUACGACGGGGAGCCGAAACAUAGGUUGGAAGAGAAGAGGGAAUGGGUUCGCAGCCAUUGCCCGCCUAGUCAAGCUAGCAUUGACGCGGCUAACGCGAUGAUGCGUUCAUUGGGGGGUAGAGGUAAUGUGGUGGACGUGUCUGUUAUUCAUAUUGACUCUGGAGGCGAGGGACAGGAGGAGAGAACGGAGGGACAGGAGGAACAAGAAACUGAGGGACAGGAGGAAAGAGCCGAGGGUCAGGAGGAACAGGAAACUGAGGGAGAGGGAAAGGGGAAGAAACGCGAAGGACAAGAGGAAGUGGAGGAUGAGGAGAAGGAAAAAGGAAAAAGGAGAAAGGUGUCGACCGAGGAGGAAAAGGGCAUUGAGGAGUGAGUAGGAGGAGGCGUGCAAUAUCGAUGCAGCUAGUGGCAAGAUAGGGAGGUAAAACCCAUGGGGCGGGUAUUGAGAUCUCUUAAUACACAGUAGCUUGGUCUUUGGUUCGCAGAGUACAUGAGAUAUGCAUUCACGAUG